AAACGCAGAAGAGUAGGGAGAGAGGCUGGUGGAGUGAUUGCUGCCGACCGGACGUCCGCAUAUCUGGCCGGGCCGGGUGAUGACAGUCGAGAGUGGGAAGAGCAAUUAAUCCGCCAGAACACCUCCUCCGGACGGCCUAGAAACAACAGAACUUGCCAACCAUACUCGCUUAUUGGGCUAAUAAUCUCGCCUCGAGCUCGAGCCUGCGCCGAAAAGCCGUGCGUACCCGAGAAAAGGGUCGGGCACGAAAGUGGGAGGACUGGCAGUGGUGUCAGUGUGCUUGCGUCGCUCUUUGGUGUUGUGAAUCACCCUCAGACUGCCCAAGGCCUGCAUGCAAUCGCCCUCGCCCUCGCCCUCGCCUUCGACUUGUCUCUCGACGAACCUCGUCGUGUGCAGGCCGACCGAUGUACAGAUCGAGUCUUCACGACGAAUUCCAUCCUUCCGGAAUAG